AUAAACCGGACAAGUAAAUUAGAAAGAUGGCGGUAAUUCAUAAUCACAUUGGCAAUCAGUGUAAUGACAAUAAUACCCCUGCCCGGGAUCCCUAAUCCCUAUCUCGUCCGUCUCCUUCCUUGAUCCUUUCUCACUCACCGUCACUUUUCACCAGAAGUGAGAUUCUCCGCCGUCUGGAGGCUGCCGGCAAUCCGUCAAUCCCAAUCGGAAAUUCGAAUCCCGUUCUUCAUCGGCGUUUCUGUACGAUCACAAUCUCGUAUUUAGAAUAACUUGAGGAGCAGAGAACAGAAGAGUAGGGUUCUAACUUCUAGGUCACGGGAAUGGGAGUGGACUACUACAACAUUCUGAAAGUGAAUCGCAACGCGAGCGAUGAGGAUUUGAAGAAGGCGUACCGACGGUUAGCGAUGAUCUGGCAUCCGGACAAGAAUGCGAACAAGUUAGAGGCGGAGAACAAAUUCAAGCAGAUCUCAGAAGCCUACGAUGUGCUCAGCGACCCGCAGAAGCGCCAGAUCUACGAUCUAUACGGCGAGGAGGGCCUCAAAUCGGGGCAAUUCCCGCCUCAGUCUCGUAGAUUUUAUCGCGACAAUCAGCAGCGUCCAAACCCUAAUUUCAGGUUCAACCCUAGGAAUGCAGACGAUAUUUAUGCGGAGAUUUUUGGGGAGAACAGCAACGGGAAUGCUGGAGGAAGCAGCGGCGGCAGUAAUGGGAGAGAGGGGAAUUUUAGGUAUACGACAAUGAACGGCGCCGCCGGUGCUUCGAGGAAGGCGCCGCCGGUGGAGAAAGUGCUGAUGUGUAGCUUGGAGGAGUUGUACACUGGUUCUACUCGGAAGAUGAAGAUCUCUCGGAAUGUUCUGGAUUCUCAUGGACCCCGUGUUCUCGAGGAGAUCUUAACCAUCGACAUAAAACCAGGAUGGAAGAAGGGCACAAAAAUAACAUUCCCCGAGAAGGGAAACGAAGAGCCCGGCGUAAUCCCGGCAGAUCUAACUUUCACCGUCGAUGAAAAACCGCACCCGAUCUUCACGCGCGACGGCAAUGAUUUGGUCACGAAGCAAGAGAUUUCUCUCCUCGAAUCCCUGACGGGGAAGACUUUCGAGCUAACAAUGCUCGACGGCAGAAACAUAACUGCUCCAUUGACGGAGAUUGUGAAACCCGGACAAGAAAUUGUCGUCCCAAACGAGGGAAUGCCCUUACCGAAAGAUCGAAGGAGGAAAGGAAAUCUCAGGAUACAAAUCGAUGUCAGGUACCCAAAAAGGCUUUCGGAGUCGCAAAAGCAAGAACUGAGACGGGUUUUGGGAGGGAAUUUAUGACGAGCUUUUAUUUAAGUUACAAACAUCGAGAUAAUCGGGUAAAGGUAUGCCUUUUAUUUAUUUAUUUAUUUGUUUUGCAAGUAUUUUUAGCUGUAAAUACAAAAUAUGGUAUGUUAAUUGAAAUGUGUGAAUACUAGAAUAUGUCUAUUCAAGAA